UAGACUACCUGUGUACAGAAUCUUUCCAGUCUAGUCCGCGGCAUUUCCGACGAAUAGGAACUACUUCACAAGAGUACCUCCGAGACACACGCACACACACACACAUCACAAAAUGCCUUUUGUUCCCGUGGAAACUCCCAAGUGCCCUGCGUGCGGAAAGUCGGUCUACGCCGCCGAGGAGCGCGUUGCCGGAGGCUACAAAUUCCACAAGACCUGCUUCAAGUGCAGCAUGUGCAACAAGGCUCUGGACUCGACAAACUGCACGGAGCACGAGAAGGAGCUGUUCUGCAAAAACUGCCACGGACGCAAGUACGGUCCCAAGGGAUACGGUUUCGGUGGUGGUGCCGGCUGCCUGUCGAUGGACUCCGGUGCCCAUCUGAACAGAGAAUUUGUUCCGCCGAAAAUACCACCAAAGGCACCCGAUGGCUUGGGAUGUCCUAGGUGUGGCAUAUAUGUUUAUGCCGCCGAGCAAAUGCUGGCGCGGGGAAAGGGUUACCAUCGAAGGUGCUUCAAGUGCGUGCAGUGCAACAAGACCUUGGACUCAACGCUACACUGUGAUGGUCCCGACAAGGACAUUUACUGCAGAGGUUGUUAUGCUCAAAAGUUUGGUGCAAGGGGCUAUGGACACAUUGGCAUUUCGUCCAUGGGUCUUAUGUCUGAUAUCAAGGAUUGUGAGUGGCAAAGCGAUAUGGCCCCGAAGACAGCUGCCAUCAAUGUGGAGCAAAUUCAAGCCCCAAUAGGCGAGGGAUGUCCUCGUUGUGGUGGCGUCGUUUUUGCUGCGGAACAGGUGCUAUCGAAGGGCAGACCCUGGCACAGGAAGUGCUUCAAGUGCCGGGACUGUACAAAGACGCUGGACUCCAUUAUCGCUUGCGAUGGACCGGACAAUGAGGUGUACUGCAAAACGUGCUACGGCAAGAAGUGGGGACCCCAUGGUUACGGAUUCGCCUGUGGAUCCAGCUUUCUACAAACCGAUGGCAUUACUGAGGAAGACAUUGGAUCCCAGCGUCCGUUUGUAUGUCCGGAUACCACAUCGAUCAAGGCCCCCGAUGGCGAAGGCUGUCCACGAUGUGGUGGUGCUGUCUUUGCCGCCGAAUUGCAGCUUUCCAAGGGAAAAAUGUGGCACAGAAAGUGCUUCAAUUGCGCCAGGUGCCAUAGACCUCUGGACUCCGUGCUCGCCUGCGACGGACCGGAUGACAAUAUCUAUUGCAAGCUCUGCUAUGCAAAGCUCUACGGUCCGAAGGGAUUCGGUUAUGGGCACACACCGACUUUGGUGUCCACCAACUAUGAGUAUACGCCCAGCUGCUGGGGCACCAUUGAUCGUAACGGUCAAAAGUCUGAGAAUGGAUGUCCCCGAUGCGGUUUUAUGGUUUUUGCAGCCGAACAGAUGAAGAGCAAGAAUAACGUCUGGCACAAGCUCUGCUUCUACUGCAUGGAGUGCCGGAGGUAUUUGGAUUCGACGAACUUGAACGACGGACCCGACGGCAACAUAUAUUGUCGAUCCUGCUAUGGAAAAUUCUAUGGACCCAAGGGCGUGGGUUAUGGAAUCGGGGCCGGCACACUGACAAUGGCUUAAAAUUACGACCAAAAAAGGAAGUUUAAGGACUGUUCCCGGGUAUGCAAUAAGCUCCAAAGUGUAUACCUGGUGCAUCGAGUCCUUAGGCGGCCACAUUUUUGAGGCUGACGACUAAGCGUAGUAUUGUGUUUCAACAAAAAAUGGUUUAACAUAGCUCCAAAACCAUCGACAUUUAACUAGGAAACAUGGCGAGUGACUCUGUGGUGAUUAGUAUGAGAAUUGUAUUGUUCAUGUGUCGAAAAUAAGCAACGAACCAGCGUUCUCAGCUCCGACUGAAACUUUAUGCUUUGAACUGCUAAAAACGAAAUGACUUUAUUCGAAAAUUGUAUGUAUGGCGGUUGUAAUAUAACAAGAUCUAUAUCCUAUAAGUUACGAACAACGACUAUUAAACGAUUAACUAUAA